GCGUGUCUGUGAUGUGUCAUGUGAUGUGUCACCUGAAGGCUAUAAUUAUCAAGGAGAGCCGAGGUCAGAUUUCAGCAGACAGGACGCAGCAUGGAGGAGAGCUGCAGCUUGGUCACACGGUGACGAGUAAUAUCCGUGUACUUCAACAGUGUUGGGUUGGGGCUACAGCUCAGAUUGGACAUACAGGUUAUCCUGUAUGUCCACCUGCGUGCUGUGACAUCACAAGGCUGACAGGAAGUGGUGAUGAUGGUGGGCGUGAUGGUAGCAUGCAGCUCGGUGAGCUCCAUCAAAGCACUGUGGGAGACCAGGAUCAGGAGGAAGAGGGAGGAGCAGGAGGAGGAGCACAAGAGGAGGACCACGAGGGGCGGGGCCACAGGCAGACUUGGAGUCGGGCUUUGGGAAGACCGGGCGGCGCUGGCCCGGCUAAAGCAGAAGCUGGAGACUGAGGACGGCCGGCUGGUCCUCCGGAUCGAGCAGGAGGAGUGGAAGGUUCUGCCGGGCUGCCUGAUCCAGCUCAGUCAGGUCCAGGAGUGGCAGAUCCACCGGACCGGACUACUGAAGAUCCCUCACUUCAUCUCCAGCUUCCAGAACCUUCUGGUGCUCGAUCUGUCCCGGAAUGGAGUCGCUGAGAUCCCCAAACAGAUCGGGAAGCUGACCCGGCUCAGAGAGCUACUGCUGAGCUACAACAGAAUCCCGUUUGUCCCGGCAGAGCUGAGCGGGUGUGAGAGCCUGGAGAGGCUGGAGCUGGCCAUGAACCGGGACUUGAAUGAGCUACCGGACCAGCUUGGGAUGCUGUCGCGGCUGCAGCAUGUUGAUCUUUCCAUGAACGACUUCAGCUGCCUGCCUGCCUGCCUGCUCGCCCUGCCGGCGCUCGAGUGGCUCGACAUAGGAGGAAACCGCCUGCAUCACUUACCUGAAGACAUACACAGGAUGGAGGCGCUACACACUCUGUGGCUGCAGAGGAACGAGCUGGAGAAGCUUCCGGAGAACAUCGCCAGGAUGAGGAGCCUGGACACGCUGGUGCUCAGCAGCAACAGGCUGAGAGACAUCCCACCGCUCAUGGAGGGCAUGUCCAACCUCAGGUUUGUGAACUUCCGGGAUAACCCCCUGACUCUGGACGUGACGCUACCAAGCAAUAAGGCAGUGGCUGAGGAGGAGGAGGAAGAUGACCGGGAGAUGUUCGGGAAAGAGUUCAUGCUCAUGUACAUCCAGGAGGCCCGAAAGAGAGCGUAUGCCGUGCUCAAUGUGCACUGCGUCAACCAGUCCGAUGGCGAGUCCAAUGACGAGUCCUCAGCGUGAAAUAUGGCACCACGUCUUUUUUCUUCUUCUGAGCUUCUCCCUCAUAAAGACACUUCCACAAAGCCA